AUGGGCAAUCUAUCCUUCUUCGUCAUGAUGGGUCAAGUUCUCGGUGCUUCCAUCCCACCUAUGCUUCUUCCUCUUGUAAAGGACAUGCAUGUGAGCAGCACAAAGAUCUCUCAGCUUGCGAGCUGGGGCACUCUUUGCAUUGGACUCGGAAAUGUCUGGGCACUUCCCACUGUCGCAUAUAUCGGCAGCCGCUACACCAUCCUCAUCGGUCUCGCAGUGUUCACCGCAGGCUUCUUCUGGCAAGCCAGGGCGCAGUCGUACGAAUCUCUUCUCGCUGCUCGUGUCAUAGGUGGAUUGGGGGGUGGCGUUGUAGAGGCACUCGGUCCAGUAGUCGUGGUGCUACUAUUUCCCCGCGAGUAUGUCGCGCGAGCCAUGAGCGUUUACACCUGGGCCUUGGGUGCUGGCGCCGUCUUCGGUCCCCUCAUUACUGGCUACGCGGUCGACAACCUGGGCAGCUGGAGGUAUCCGAACUACAUCUUCGGUGGCAUCUGUGCGCUCAACCUUCUCGUCAUGAUCUUGAUGUUCCCAGAGCCUCUUACCAAUAUUCGAGUUCCUGGCGACCCAAAACCUUCCGAUAUCUCCAUCGAGCCGGUUGAUGAAGAGCAGGUUGGUGAGCCAAAGGAGCCUUUGGAGGAGGUUGGUAACGCGCAGCAAUACGAGACACGACCAGCUUCAGUGGCAACAUUCGAACCCUGCAAUCCCGGUGCACUCUGGUUCAGACGGUCAUUCUUUCUAACGCUCAGACACAACCAGCCCCCGCCGAACUUCUUUUAUCUUGUCGUGGAGCCAUUCAGAAUACUCGUGUCUCCUGCUGUCAUCAUCACAGUCCUUUUGUUCGGAUUCUCAAUCGCCGGCACCAUUGCCACCUCGAUCCUUGUCUCGAUCACCUUCUCCCAGCCCCCAUGGCUCUGGACAUCUGGCCAGGUUGGCCUGUACAACAUUGCCCCGCUCUUGGGUCUGCUGGCCGGGAUGCCUUUUGGUGGCGCGGGUGCGGAUUGGCUUGCUGAGAGGCAUUUGCGACGCAAAGGCGAGUUCAAGCCUGAGUCAGCGCUACCUAUCCUUUUGCCGUUCGCCAUCGCAACUCCGAUAGCUACGACGCUCAUAGGUGUUGGUUUCCAACGUGGCUGGCACUGGGCUGUCGUUGGACUCUUCUGGGCCAUACUCAACGCCAAUCUCACCGGAGGCUGCAAUGUUAUGAUCUCUUACUGCACUGAGAGCUACCCCAAGAAGGCCAUUCAGAUUGGUGUCGUGGUUAAUGUCAUUAAGAAUGUUAUUGGCUUCGGAGUAUCUUACAGCACUCUGGAUUGGUGGAUGAAGGAUAAAUACUUCAUGUUUUUGACUGUUGCUCUGGUCAUAUUUAUGCUAUUCGUUGCUGCUGUACCGUUGUGGAUCAGCGGGCCGAGCAUUACACGCAAGACUAAAAUCUGGGUGGGAUAUGAGGAAGAGUAG